CUCCCUUGUAAGUAUUAUUUCGCGCGAAAUUGAUUGUUCAUUUUGAAGCGCCAAAAUCAAGUCGAUAAACAAUACAAUGCCGGUCGAAGUGGAAAGGCAAAUAUCUGAAGGCAUAGAACCUUUGGCAAAGAAACCUUGCAUUGACGACUCGAUGGCCGGACCAGUGUUGAGAUUUGCAAAGCUGACAGCAAAGGCUUUCACACCAACACGGGGAUCCAAGCUCGCCGCGGGUUACGAUUUAUACAGUGCCUACGAUGCUGUGAUCCCUGCCCGUGGCAAGGCCGUGGUGAAAACUGACAUCCAGAUCUCACUCCCUGAUGGCUGCUAUGGAAGAGUUGCACCCAUGUCUGGUCUGGCAGCAAAAAACUUCAUUGAUGUUGGUGCUGGAGUUAUUGAUCAGGACUACCGGGGAAACGUUGGAGUUGUGAUGUUCAACUUCGGAGAUGCUGACUUUGAAGUGAAGGCAGGAGACCGUAUAGCCCAGCUGAUCUGUGAGCGGAUAUAUCUGCCAGACCCUAUAGAAGAAAAGUCGUUAGACGAUACAGACCGCGGUAGUGGUGGAUUUGGCUCAACUGGCACAAAAUAGCUGCAGAUGAUGGACUG